CUCCUCCACUCCCUCUCCCUCCAUCUCUCCAAGUGCUGGCGGAAUACAGUGAGCUCAAACAAAGAAAGAUUGAUAGAACAAGGGAAGAGAGGAGCUUACGAGUGAACAAUAAGGGAGAAUAGAGAGAGAGAGAGAGAGAGAGAAAGAAAGAGAGAGACGAUCGCAGCAUUUGAGGCUUCAGGAGAGAGGAGGCAGACAGACAGAGUGUGUGAGAGAGUCGCCAUUCCAAAAAUGGUUUUUGAGGGAGAUCACUAUCACUGAAAACAACAUAAGGGACAUUUCAGCCGAAACCCAGGAACGCAGGAGGAGAGAGAGCUUCAGACACCGCUAACCCCACCCUCACUCAGCUAAUCUCAGAUGGAGGUGGAUGCAGCUGAGAAGCGCCAUCGAACACGUUCCAAAGGUGUGAGAGUUGCCGUGGAGACUGCAGCACAGGAGCUGUUCAGCUGUCCCACACCGGGGUGUGACGGGAGCGGACACGUGAGGGGCAAAUAUGCCAGGCACAGGAGUGUUUACGGAUGCCCUUUGGCUAAGAAGAGGAAAGGUCAGGAGAAACCUCCACAGGAGCCAGCUACUAAACGACGGCCGUUUUUAACCAUGGCUGAUGGAGAGCCGGUGAUAUACGACAACUACGAAGCUAUGGAAGAGAGCGAGGAGAGAGAACAGGACGAGUUGGACGAAGACGUGGAAGAAGAGGAGGAGGAAGGCGAAGACGGAGACGAUGAAGAAGAGGAGUGCUCUGAGGACAAUGACGAGGCCGGUGAGGAGGAAGACGAGGAAGACGAGGAGGAGGAAGAUGAAGGAGAGCCUGAAAGGGAGGAGGGAGACGAGGUAGAGCAGAUGGAGGAAGAGGUGGAGGAAGAUGAGGAGGCGGUGGAACAGGAUGGAGAUGAUGAACAAGAGGAGGAGGGAGAACAGGAUGAGGAAGAGGAGGAAUACGAAGAGCAGGCUCAUCACCAAGAGAAUAGUUAUUCCAGUUGUGGACAAUCAAAGCCCAGCCAGAUGUUUGAGAAAGACAACAACAACAAUAACAACCCAACCAAUGAAGAAUAUGAGAACUAUGAUGAGCUUGUAGCCAAGUCCCUGCUGAACCUGGGCAAAAUAGCGGAGGACGCCGCGUACCAGGCUAUGACGGAGUCCGAGAUGAACAGCAGCUCGUCCAACAGUGCCGGUGAGGACGACGAUGAGGAUGAGGAGGAUGGUCACGAGCACGGAGGACGGAAGGGUGAGUUAAGUGUGGACCUGGACAGUGACGUGGUACGGGAGACAGUGGACUCACUGAAGCUGCUGGCACAGGGUCACGGAGCUGUGCUGCCAGACGAUGGCUACCCUGAGUCUGGUCCUGGCCAGGAACACCAUAACGGCCAGCCCGAAGAGAGCGAGGAAGGCGUGUGCCUUAGCAGUCUGGAAUGUCUGAGGAACCAAUGCUUCGAUCUGGCACGCAAGCUAAGCGAAACACAGCCGCACGAGCAGACAAUGUUGCAGCACCAGGCUGAGCAGCAGCACCUACAGCUCCAGAUGCACCACCACCUGUCUCGCUAUGAGAGUUGCCAUCAAGCCCAAAUGGAGCCUCAGAGACCAAUGGAAAGGAGCUACUCAGACAUGGUGAACCUGAUGAAGCUCGAAGAGCAGCUCAGCCCAGCGUCCAGGGGUUACCCCUCAAGCUGCGCCCAAGAAGGGGAUGAAGACACAACAUCUGUGGCAUCAGAGCAUUCAGACGAGGCCUUUGACAUCACCAAGGGUAACCUGUCCCUGCUGGAGAAGGCCAUCGCUUUGGAAUCAGAGCGUGCCAAGGUCAUGCGUGAUAGGAUGGCGUCGGAGCAGGCAGUGGCUCGGAGGGAUCAUCAGCGGCUACAUGGGGAGCACAGCCCCAGGCAGAGUAGUGGAGCUGAGGAGCGUAAAGCCCGACUACACCAUGAUGGGGCAAGAAGAGCCUAUUACCCUAAAGAUCCUUCAAGAGGUGAGAAAAAAGAGAGCAAGUGCCCCACCCCAGGGUGUGACGGCACGGGCCACGUCACAGGCCUGUACCCACACCACAGAAGUCUGUCCGGCUGCCCUCACAAAGACCGCGUACCACCAGAAAUUCUUGCAAUGCAUGAGAAUGUUCUAAAGUGCCCGACGCCUGGCUGCUCGGGACGCGGCCACGUUAAUAGCAACAGGAACUCGCACCGCAGUCUCUCAGGAUGUCCUAUAGCAGCCGCUGAGAAGAUUGCAAAAGUUCAGGAGAAGCAUCAAUCGAGUGACGGAACCAAGUCCAAUCAGGCAUCUGACCGCGUGCUGAGGCCUAUGUGCUUUGUGAAACAGUUGGAGAUCCCACAGUAUGGUUACAAAAAUAACGUCUCCACCAGCACGCCUCGCUCCAAUCUAGCCAAGGAGCUGGAGAAGUACUCCAAGACCAGCUUCGACUAUGGAGGCGGCUACGACGGCCAGCCUCACGCCUACAGCAAGCGUUCGCUUACACAGAAGAGCCACGGACGAGACACUUCACCAAGAGGAUAUGAUGCCAAGCGGUACUGUAAGACCUCGAGUCCAGCCAGCAGUACAACAAGCAGCUAUGCUCCCAGCAGCAGCGGCAGUAGUCUGAGUUGUGGGGGAGGAAGAGGAGGGAGAGGAGGAGGAGGAGGAGGAGGAGGAAGCAGCGCCAGCAGCACCUGCAGCAAGAGCAGCUUUGACUACACGCACGACAUGGAGGCCGCUCACAUGGCCGCCACGGCCAUCCUCAACCUGUCCACACGCUGCCGAGAGAUGCCCCAGAGCCUGAGCGCUAAAGGCCCCGAGCUCCUCGCACAGAGUCCAGAGGAGCAGGAGGUGGAGGAGAACGGGACUCUGGACCUGAGCGUGGGUCGUGCAGGGGGCAUGGGUGAGGGCACGGUGCUCACGCCGCUGCAGCCCAUGUCCCCCCAGCGGCAAGCACUGCUCAAUAGCCGCUGCUACCAGAUGGGCCCAGACUGCUGGGACCUGCCAGUGGACUACACCAAGAUUAAGAGCCUGGACGAGGACCAUAAAGAGGAUGAGUUGGACCCUUUCCAGGAGUUGCUGGAGAAUCAGCAGUACCCGGGUGAGGUGUCCCUCCCCAGCCCUAAACACAAAUAUGCCCCCUGCAAAGAAAGCAAGAAAGAACUCCUCACACUCUCUAGCUGCCAGUUAGCUGAUAAAGGUAUGCGUAGUAUGAUGACAGCAAACUCACAGGAUUUAAAGUGUCCUACUCCAGGUUGUGAUGGCUCCGGGCACAUUACAGGCAACUAUGCCUCACACAGGAGUCUGUCAGGUUGUCCCAGAGCGAAGAAGAGUGGAAUUAAAAUAAUUCAUAACAAGGAAGACAAGGAUGAUCAGGAGCCAAUUAAGUGUCCUGUACCUGGGUGUGACGGUCAGGGUCAUGUGACAGGGAAGUACGCGUCUCAUCGCAGUGCAUCCGGCUGCCCACUGGCUGCCAAGCGUCAGAAGGAUGGUUUUGUGAACGGAGCUCCAUUUCCAUGGAAGUCUGGAAAAACUGAUGGUAUGACAUGCCCCACACCUGGAUGUGAUGGCUCAGGCCAUGUCAGUGGCAGCUUUCUCACCCACCGGAGUCUCUCUGGCUGUCCCCGUGCCACUUCAGCCAUGAAGAAAGCACGAAUGACUGGCGUCGAAAUGCUUACAAUCAAGCAGCGUGCAAGCAAAGGAAUAGAGAACGAUGAGGAAAUCAAACAGCUGGAUGAAGAAAUCAAAGAUCUUAAUGAAUCGAACAAUCAAGUGGAGUCAGAUAUGAUUAAACUUAGGACACAAAUCACCACCAUGGAGACCAACCUGAAGUCCAUGGAGGAGGAGAACAAGGCCAUUGAGCAGCAGAAUGACUCACUGCUGCAUGAGCUGGCUAACCUCAGCCAGUCGCUCAUCAACAGCUUGGCCAACAUCCAGCUCCCUCAUAUGGAGCCGAUGAACGAGCAAAAUUUUGACAGUUACGUGAGCACUUUGACAGAUAUGUAUACGCAUCAGGACCAGUACCAGAGCCCUGAGAACAAAGCCCUGCUGGAGAACAUCAAACAAGCUGUGCAGGGCAUCCAAGUGUAGCUCCCUGAGCCACUGCCUCGUUUUUUUUUUUUUUAAAGGGCUUGCAUUAAGCAAGUACUGAUAAGCAAAAAGAAAGAAAAACGAAACAAGGAAAAAAAAAAAAAAAACAA